AGUGGGAGCGGGGAGCGCCUCCCCAGUGUCCCCGUCGUUCUUUAAAAAUAGAACGAGCAGUCGGUAGCAAGCAAGAAUUCAGGAGGAGGAGGAGGACGAGGCGGAGGAGGGAGGCGUUACUCUCACCCAAUUCCCUCUCUCACUCGCUCUCGCCCGCUGUCACUGUCCAACUCUUCUGCCUUCAGCCUCUCGCAACCCUAGUGACCUCCGCCCUACCCACCGACGCCACCCGCUGGAGGUUGCCUGCCGGCGUAGAUCUUGCUCUGUGUUUCUGUUGCUCUCUUCGUCGUCCCAUUGCCGUGUUUGGUCGCUCCUACCGACAGGUCGCCGAGUUGACGGGAGGUCCCGCGGAUCGGGACCCACCGCUAACGAAGAUCCCCGGUCUUCGAAAGCCCACCGACGCACCGCCAUUUUGCGCCAUCGCCCGGCGAUCCCAGUUAGUGACCGGGAAUCGCAUUGGUCCGGACAUUUUAAGGGUUCGAAGCAAUGUCAGAAAAAGCACUUAGAGAUCUCAACGUACUGCCUGUAUCUGAUAAGAACAGUGAACAUUGUAGCAAGGGUGUCUUAGAGAAGUCACCCAUAGAGGCUAAAAAUGAGAAUCUGAAGGAAAUGAAUCAUGUAAGACCUGCAUCUCUGGUCUCAUCUAUUCCAUCAAAGGAAGUCAAAACCUUGGAUCCUGCUGCAGCAAAUGGAAACGUGGAAAUAGAGUACAUAGAAUCAGAGAAUCUACAUCAGCUUGAAGAUGUUGAUACUAGUCUAAGUACACUAUUAGCAAGGCUUGACUCCAAAGACUGGGUGUUGGUCUGUGAAGCCCUUAACCAUGUGCGUCAGCUGGCCCUUUUCCAUAAGGAAACAAUUGCCGAAAUGCUGGGAGAUGUGAUUUCACUUAUAGUGAAGUCCUUGAAGAACCCAAGAAGUGCUGUAUGCAAAACUGCAAUUAUGGCUUCUGCUGAUAUUUUCAAGGUCUACAGAGAUCAGACUAUUGACUUUUUCGAGCCUCUGCUUGUGCAAUUGCUUUUGAAGUCUUCACAAGACAAACGUUUUGUCUGUGAUGCUGCUGAGCGGACAUUAAUUACAAUGACCAUGUGUCUCUCGCCCACUGUACUAUUGCCAAAGCUACAACCAUAUCUUCAACACAAAAAUCCCCGCAUUCGUGCAAAGACAUUGGCAUGUAUAUCAAGAAGUGUGCCAAGACUGGGCAUGGAGGGUGUAAAAGCAUAUGGAUUUGAUGAGCUAAUCAAUGUUGCUGCAUCCAAACUGAGUGACCAGCUUCCAGAGUCAAGAGAAGCUGCUCGGGUUCUCACCUUGGAACUGCAAACUGUAUAUGAAAAGUCGCAACUUGCUUCUCAAAAUCUAGAAGCUGAGCAUCCUGGGGUUGAUACGUGGGAGCAAUUUUGUCAAUCUAAGCUGCCACCUUUGAGAGCGCAGGCUGUGCUCCGUGUCACCUCGACUCCGAGAGAAGGCCUAGCCCUGGAGUGCUAGCAUACGUGCUAAACUUUUCAUUCGAGAAUUUUAUGUCCUUAUUUUGUCCCUUAUCUUUUUCCAACUGUAGCUUGUCAUUUUGAUUUUUUGGUUGUACAUAUUAAGAUGUCCUUGGAUCGUUGUUAAUUGGUUGGCCACUGAGUAUGAAUAUGUUCUCUCUUUGCGAUCA